AUGAAUCAAGAUAAAUUUCUCUUAAAUGGUGUUGAACUUAGAGUUCGACUGGUGCGUUCUAAGGAUGCUUUUUGUCUUAUGGAUCCUACUAAUCGGGCAUAUCUUCAUACUGAAGAAGCAGCUCUUCUUAUUCGACGUGCAAAAAUCAGCCCUGGAAUUCUGCUUGCACACGCGAAAACUCUUUCUCACGGUACGGCCAAGUACCCACUUACCAGAGUAGAGGUUAAAACACUCACAAUUCAUUCUGGUAUUCAAAAUGAAACUCUCGAUAAUUUUAUACUCGGCCAACUACAUAAAAGAAUCAUCAUCGGAAUUGUCGAAAAUGACGCAUUUAACGGUCAUCGUAGUAAAAAUCUCUUUAACUUUAGACACUUUAAUAUCAAUCAUUUCUCUCUUUACGUGGAUCGUAUGCAAAUUCCGUUAAAGCCUUUGCAACCAGAUUUCUUAAAAGGAAAGCUAUACAUAGAUGCUUAUCAUAUUCUGUUUUCCGGAACGGGAAUUCAUUUUAUGAACGAGAGAAAUAAUAUUGAUUGUUUUGAUUACGCAAAUGGAUACUGCCUCUUUGCCUUUGACCUUACUCCUGAUCUUUCUGCAAAUUGUCAAUCACACUGGAAUCUCGUUAAACAUGGCAGCCUUGGCAUUGAGCUUCGUGUAGAAGAAACACUACAACAAACUAAUAAUUAUAUAGUCUACGCAGAAUAA